AUGUCUGACGACAUGAAGGAGAAGAUUUACAAACUGAUCAAGAAGGGCCUGACUCCCUCACAGAUCGGUGUGAUCCUGAGGGACUCAUGUGGUGUGGCACAAGUACGCUUUGUGACAGGCAAUAAAAUCUUGAGCAUCCUUAAGUCGAAAGGGCUUGCUCCUGAUCUUCCUGAGGCUCUAUACCAUUUAAUUAAGAAAGCAGUUGCUGUUUGGAAGCAUCUUGAGAGGAACAGAAAGGAUAAGGAUGCUAAAUCCCGCCUAUUUCUGAGAGAGAGUCGAAUUCACCGAUUGACUGGGUAUUACAAGACCCAGUGA